AUGCACAGCGGGACAGCCUCCAGGUGUGUAGACCAUGCCUGCAGUCCUCCCAUGGGCAACCUGGCCAGUGGCAGGACCCUCACCACCCUCUCAGGCUGCUGUGGGAAUGGGUCCCACCACUCCCCAUGCCCCACUCCCCUCCACCCCUGUCCAGUUGACCUUCACCCGCCUGCCAACAUGGUGGAUGAUCCCUUCCAGCACCCAGACACCUGGUGGGGCUCGGGCGUGGGCACUGACCAAGCGGAGGAGGUCCGUCUGGACCUGGAGACCCGUUUCUGUCUGACCCACGUGGUGCUGCUGUUCCACUCACCCAGGCCCGCUGCCAUGGCCAUGGAGCGCUCGCAGGACUUCGGCCGGACGUGGGAAACACUCAAGCUGUUUGCACAGAACUGCAGUCUGGCGUUUGGUCUUCCUGAUGACACCAGUCAGCAUGGCUCGCGGUGUACGUCCCGGUACUCCAGUGCCAAGCCGUGCAGCAGGGGAGAGGUGAUAUUUCGGACUCUGGGUCCUGGUGGAUUAGUUGACCCCUACAGUCCAGAGGGCCUUUCCCAGCUGACCCUCACCAACCUCCGCCUCAGACUUCUCAAGGCUCAGACCUGCCCAUUAUCUGUGGCGCCUUCCACCACUUCUUCCUCCAUCAGACUCUUCAAACCUCCAGCGGACCUGAAUCUCCCCCUCCUCCCUUCCCCCCAGCCCAGCUCAGAGGCCCCUGCCUCAGCUCCAUUUGCCAUUUACACUCUCCUGGCUCGGGGGACCUGUCUCUGUCAUGGCCAUGCAGAACACUGCUUACCCCACAGAGGUGGACAGGACACACUGAAGGACAUGGUGAGUGUGGCUGGCAGGUGUGUGUGCACUCACCACACAGCAGGAGAACACUGUGAAAGGUGUGGCCCACUCUACAAUGACCAGUCCUGGAAGCCAGCCAAUGGCAGCAAUGGGGAGCCACACCCGUGCCAUAAGUGUGAGUGUCAUGGCCAUGCAGAGAGCUGUCAUUUCUCCAAGAGGGCGUGGCUGUCCUUGGGGGGCACCAGUGGGGGUGUCUGUGACGACUGCCAACACAAUACAGCUGGGCGCAGGUGCCAGCGCUGUCGCCACGGUUACCACCGCCAACCAGCCAUGCCUCUCAACUCCCCCCACGUCUGCACACGUUGUUGGUGUGACCCACUGGGCUCAUUACCAGCCAUCUCUGGGGAGGAGGGUCGAUGGUGCCACCCCAGGAGUGGACAGUGCCAUUGCAGACCUGGUGUGGGGGGAACAGGCUGCAACCACUGCCUCCCUGGAUACUGGGGCUUUGGGGGAGAGGGGUGCAAACCCUGUGCUUGUCCCCAAAACUGUGACCCCCACACUGGGCUCUGCCUGGACAGCUAUGCAAAUAACCAGGUUUUAAAUAUACCUAUGGGAGGCAAGAUUCUUGCCAUGGACCAUGCCUUGACCAAUGAGGGUGAGCCAGUGUGGUCAAAGCAACUGGCAGUCUCUGCCCUGCACUACACAGGGAAAUGCAGUUGUAAGGAGAGAAAGUUGAGGAGUGUCUCAGAUCUCUGCAAGACCAAAUAUGCCUAUGUGAUCAAAGCCAGUGUGUUGUCAGCUUAUGACAAGGGGAGCCACGCAGAGGUACAGGUCAAAGUUCGCAAGGUCCUGCGUUCAGGACAGGUCCCUCUCUCCCAGGGCACCCACAGUAUCUACCCCCUCUCCUGGACUAGCCGGGGGUGCACCUGCCCCAUUCUUAAUCCAGGUGUGGAGUACCUGCUGGCGGGUCCAGAGGAGGUAGAGACAGAGCGGCUGCUGGUCACCAUGCAGAGUGUGGUGGUUCCUUGGACCCCUCAACUGGGGACCCACAUAUCGGAGGGCCUAAGGCAGGGCUGCCCAUAA